AUGGCUCCGACAGUUACGGCUCUCCAGUUCUACGGACCAAAGGAUUCUAACUUGCACAGAAAAUGCCGCCCGGACGAAGUCCGAGUCCAAAUCGCAUACUGCGGAAUCUGCGGUUCAGACAUCCACGAAUACCUCGGAGGCCCGAUCUUCUCGCCAGCAGAGGGCGAAGCAAACCAAUACACCGGCCAAAGACUGCCCGUGACGCUGGGCCACGAAAUGUCCGGCACGGUCGUCGAGCUGGGGUCCUCGGUGUCGGACCCGAAACUGCGAGUCGGCACUCGAGUCGCAGUAAAUCCGGCGCUGAAUGAUCGUCACCACGGGGUGGACCCUUGUACAGCGUGUAAACUGGAUCUGCCGAAUAUCUGCAAGAGGUAUACCUCGCACGGCUUCAGUGCGCCCGGUGGGGGGCUUGCGUCGGAGAUUGUUGUUAAGCAUUUCUCGUGCAUUCCCCUUCCGGAUUCCGUUUCGCUGAAGAUUGGGGCGCUUAUGGAGCCGCUGGCUGUUGCGUGGCACUGUGUGCGUAUUUCGGGCUUUCAGAAGGGGCAGACUGCGCUUAUCCUGGGUGCUGGUCCGAUCGGGCUGGCCAUUCUCAUGGUUCUCCGGGUCUGGGAGGUGAAGACGGUGAUAGUCAGCGAGGUCACUGCAUCGCGCAAGCAGAUGGCCAAGGACUUUGGGGCUGAUCUUGUUCUCGAUCCGACCGAGUCAGAUACACCCAAGGGAGGCACUGACCCCGUUAUUGCUGCGACUCAGGCUGCCGUUAAUGCAGACGGAGUGGACGUGACGUUUGAAUGUACAGGGCUACAGACUACGCUGGACACGGCCAUCGCUGGAACGCGACCUGGAGGAACAGUAUUCAAUAUCGCCAUUCAUGAGAAACCCCUGAUGGUGAACCUGAAUGACCUGACAUUGGGCGAGAGACGUCUGACUGGGGGAAUCUGCUAUACGGAAGAAGAUUUCCGGGGACUCAUCGCUGCGUUGGAGGAAGGGAGAAUAGACGCGGAGAAACUCAUUACGUCUGUAGUAGACUUGGACGACGUUAUUAACAAGGGCUUGCUCGAGCUGAUUCAGAACAAGGCAGCGCAUGUGAAGAUACUGGUCAAGCCAAAUCAAUGCCGUUUGCUGCGUCUAUAGAAGCGCAUAUAGACCUCAUAUAUAGACCAUAGAGCCGAUUUGGGUUUGGAUUCAUGCCGACAUAAUAUACUCCUGGUAGAAGUAGUAUAUAUUGCUGAAUUACAAUUAGAAUCCGAGGACCAGCGACA